CUUAAAAUUUUAGAAAUAUGCAAAAAUUUGAAAGAAUUGAAUCUAAGUUCUUGUGAACUCAUAGACGACGAAGGAUUUUCGUACCUCGAGAAGCUGGAAAGUUUGGAACGUUUAAACCUUUGUGGUACACGUAUAAAAGCUCAACAACUUUGCAAAAUACUGCAAAAAAAUCAACGGAUGCGUGAGUUAAGUUCCGGUAUGGUUAUAAACGAAGAAGCAGUUGUAUUAGAGUUGGGAAAUUCGUGUCGUGAUUUGGAAGUAAUACGUUUACUGCAUCCACGUUAUCUUACACCUCAUGGUAUUAGUGCCCUCGCUAACUGUAAGAAUUUACGAAAAAUGCAUCUUGUUUUUGCGGAAUUCGAUUAUUCAGUUACUGACGAUAGCUUAUUUAAAUUACUUUCCUCUUAUCAAAACUUGCAAGAAGUUUAUAUUUUAUUUGCUGUCCUCACUGAUCACCGGUUAAAAUUACUAGCACAGUGCAAAAACUUGAAAAAGUUAUUUUUUGAUCUUGUGAAAUGUCAGACACCUGAUAAAUAUUCCGUUAUUUUUGAACAAUGUCCUAAACUGCAAGAGUUUUGUUUCAUACACUGUGACAUAAGCGAUCAAUUGGUUAAUCAGUGGAAAAAGAGAUAUCCGUAUGUGUCCGUCUAUACAUACGACGGAUAA